AUGAAGGUCUACCAGUUCUUGCUCUCGUUCUUGCUACUAGGGGGCGGUUUGGCGACAGACCUGGAGCCGAAUGAGUACCCUUCGUCCGCCAUUUCGUGCAUGAAGCAGCUCUUUCCCACAUCGGAGUGGAAUUCAACGACGUACCUCUGCGCCGAGGACUCGCGUCAAACAGCCCUAGUCGACUGCGUAUUAGCCAACGGAACAACGAAAGAGGAAUUCACUACAAAACGAUUGACUGAUGAAUUAUGUGGUAUUCCCCCACGCAAGGGUCCUCCUCUCCUCGAGGCUGCGACAUUAGUGCCCCUUAUUCUGGGUACCUUCUUCUUCACGGUCCGAAUCGCUACCAAAAGCUUCAAUCUUGGUGGUGGUUGGGGAGCAGAUGAUGUGACCAUCAUCAUUGCAUUUGUGAUGGGAAUCGCCCUGUUUGUUCUCAACAUUUAUAUGAUCAAAUGUGGCUUCGGCAAGGAUAUCUGGGAUAUCCCCUUUGACGACAUCACCCAAUUCUAUAAGUACUUUCAAGGCUUCGCAGUGAUGUAUAAGGUGCAGAUCUCCCUCGCAAAGAUAUCCGUUUGUCUGUUUCUGCUCCGAAUCUUCCAGUCUCGCCUUUUCCGCACGAUCGCGUACACUCUUAUUGGAAUCAACGCAUCAAUCGGUAUAACAUGGGCAUUAGUAGAUGGUCUGAGAUGCAAUCCCGUCCAUUUGGCGUGGGAUGGAUGGAAGAAUGAGGACCCCGGGACUUGUAUUGAUUUCAUUGACGCUAUCUUGGGUAAUUGCUUGGUGAAUAUCUUUGUCGACGCGAUCAUGGUCGUCAUGCCAGUCUACGAAGUGAGCAAGCUGCAGCUGCCCAUGCAGAAGAAGCUCACUGUCGCUCUUAUGUUUGUGAUGGGAUCUGUCUUGACUGUUAUCGCCAUUAUCCGACUUGUCGUGUUUUGGAACAAUCGCUGGGGCCAGAACCAGACCGCCGGAAUCUAUCCCCUGAUCCAUUGGUCCGUCAUCGAAACCCAGGUUGCAAUUGUUUGCGCCUGCCUCCCGUCGUCUCGAGCCCUGCUUAACCAUUUCUUCCCCGGUAUUUUCAAAGGUUCGACUCGGAGAACGUACGCCACCGGACCGAGUAACUGGUACGCCCGGGGCCAGUCGAAUGGACAGAGCAAGAUUUCCAAGUCCGUCAGUUACACCGUUCAGUACACCUCGUCGCAACGAGAUGACUCGAACAGUUUGGUUCAGUUGGUAGACAUGGACGGUAAACAAGCUCAUUAUUGA